AUCCUCCGUAGCUGCUUCUUGACUACUGCUGAAAGAUCAAAACAAGAAAGGGUAGGAACUAGGAAGAGUAGUCCGGAAGCUUGUUUCAAAUAAAUAAGGCGGGUGAGGACGGUGAUACUAGGUUCUCUCCCACUCUCAGAUUCUUUCCUCAAUCACUCUCUCUGUCUCUCCCCCAAUUUCGUGAGAGCAAUGGACUUGGACCCAGAUGACGUGUUCAGAGACGACGAAGAUGACCCCGACAACGAGCUUUAUCUGGAAAGAGAGUCGACCAAAGAGCUUUUGGUUUACCUUGUCGAUGCUUCCCCCAAAAUGUUCUCCACUACUUCCCUUGCCGGAGAUCAAAAGGAUGAAACUCAUUUCCAAAUUGCUCUGAGUUGUAUCUCACAGUCGUUGAAGACUCGGAUCAUCAAUAGCUCAUAUGAUGAAGUUGCUAUUUGCUUCUUUAACACUAGGGAAAAGAAAAAUUUGCUGGACAUAAACGGAGUUUUUAUAUUUAAUGUUGCUGAACGGGAGUUUCUAGACAGACCAACAGCAAGGCUUAUAAAAGAAUUUGAUUGCGUAGAGGAAAGAUUUAUGAAAGAAAUUGGGAGUCAGUAUGGUAUUGUGUCUGGGACUCGAGAAAAUUCUCUUUACAAUGCUCUUUGGGUAGCACAAGCACUGCUGCGUAAAGGAUCUGCAAAGAUGGCUGAUAAACGGAUACUUCUGUUUACAAAUGAAGAUGAUCCUUUUGGGAAUGUCAAGGGAGCAACAAAAAUAGAUAUGACAAGAACCACAUUGCAGCGAGCUAAAGAUGCACAAGAUCUAGGCAUCUCAAUCGAAAUUCUCCCCUUGAGUUGGCCAGAUGAGGAGUUCAAUGUUUCUCUUUUCUAUGCUGAUUUGAGUGGAUUGGAAGGUGAUGACCUUGCUCAGUUUUUUCCCUCCACAGUAGAAAAAUUGCAAGAUAUGAAAGAUCAACUGAGAAAGCGUAUGUUCAAAAAGCGCAUAGUUAAAAGAAUCACGUUUUCUAUUGCAAAUGGAUUAUCAAUUGAAUUGAAUUCCUAUGCUUUGAUACGCCCUGCUCUUCCAGGAGCAAUUACCUGGCUUGAUUCUGUCAGCAAUCGUCCUUUGAAGACUGAAAGAUCUUUCCUCUGUUCCGAUACUGGUGCAUUGUUGCAAGAACCUCCUAAACGAUAUCAGUCCUACAAAAAUGAGAAUAUUACAUUUUCAGUGGAGGAGCUAUCAGAGAUAAAAAGAGUUACAACUGGAAAUCUUCACCUUCUAGGAUUCAAGCCAUUAAGUUGCUUGAAAGAUCAUCACAACUUGAGGCCAUCAACGUUUGUUUUUCCAAGUGAUGAGGAAGUGAUAGGUAGCACUUGCAUUUUCAUUGCCCUGCAUAGAUCCAUGUUACGGCUCAAGCGGUUUGCACUGGCAUUUUAUGGCAGUUCAUCUCGUCCUCAGUUGGUUGCUCUUAUUGCUCAAGAUGAGAUUAUCAGCCAUGGUGGUCAGAUUGAGCCACCAGGAAUGCACAUGAUACAUCUUCCUUACUCUGAAGACAUCAGGCAUGUCGAAGAGGUUUAUUCAUAUUCAAAUGGGGCAACACCUAAAGCAACUGAUGAUCAAAUUAUGAAGGCUGCUGCCUUAAUGAAACGGAUCGAUUUUAAGGAUUUUUCAGUAUGCCAAUUUUCUAACCCUGCCUUGCAGAGGCACUAUGCAGUACUGCAAGCUCUGGCUUUGGAGGAGCUUGACAUACCAGAAACAAACGAUGAAACCCUCCCUGAUGAAGAAGGCAUGUCUAGGCCAAGAGUGGUAAGUGCAUUGGAAGAAUUCAAACUUUCUGUGUAUGGGGACAACGAUGAUGUGGAAAGUGAACUUGUGGAUAAUGGAAAAGCAAGUGAGACCUCCAAAAAACGAAAAGCAAUUGCUGAAAAUGCAGUUAAGGAGUGUGCAAACUUUGAUUGGGAUGACCUUGCAGAUAGUGGGAAGCUGAAGGAUUUGACAGUGGUGGAGUUGAAAUUCUACUUGACAGCACACAAGCUUCCUGUUGGUGGAAAGAAGGAAGCUUUGAUCAGCAGGAUAUUAACACACAUGGGAAAGUGAGGAACUUGGGCAUCAAAAUACAUCCUUUGCAAAGUGUCUAAAGCUAUGACAAAAGACAUGGUGGAGCAAUUUUUUUGUUCCUUUUGAAUGAUUAUGUUGUACUUGAUCAGUUUGUGCAUGUAGUAGCUCUUGUUUGAA